AUGCCUUCCAAGAGCAGCAUUCUCUCCCUCGCGGCGGCCGUCUCGUCCGCCGCUGCCUACCAGGGCUUCAACUAUGGCGCCACCUUUACCGAUGGCUCGCUGAAGCAGGAGUCGGACUUUGAGGCUGCCUUCACCACGGCGCAGAACCUCGAGGGCACCAAUGGCGGCUUUACCAGCGCGCGCCUGUUCACCAUGAUUCAAGGCAACACGGCCAACCAGCCCAUCAGCGCCAUCCCCGCCGCCAUCAAGACGCAAACGUCCCUCCUCUUUGGUCUGUGGGCGUCAGCGGGCGACGACGCCUUUGGCAGUGAGAUUGCGGCCCUCCAGAACACAAUUGACCAGUACUGCGACCAGCUCGACGGUCUGGUGGCGGGCAUCUCCGUCGGCAGCGAGGACCUUUACCGCAUCUCGCCCACGGGCAUCGCCAAUGACGAGAACCCCGGCGCCGGCCCCGACACCCUCGUCGACUACAUCCAGCGCACGCGGGACGCGAUCCAGGGCUCCUGCCUGGCCGACGUUCCCGUCGGCCACGUCGACACCUGGACCGCGUACGUCAACGGCACCAACCAGCCCGUGAUCGACGCCGUUGACUUUGUCGGCAUGGACGCCUACGCCUACUUCGAGGACACCAAGCCCAACGGCAUCGAGAACGGCGCCGCCCUCUUCCGCUCCGCCCUGGAACAGACACAGGCGGCGGCCGGUGGCAAGCCCGUCUGGGUCACCGAGACCGGCUGGCCCGUCAGCGGCGACGACUUUGGUGAGGCCGUCGCGUCCGUCGAGAACGCCGAGACCUUUUACAAGGAGGUCGGCUGCCCACUGUUUGGCAACACAAACAUCUGGUGGUACAUUCUCCAGGACGCCGCUCCCACCACGCCCAACCCCAGCUUUGGCGUCGUGGGCAGCCAGCUGAGCGAUACGCCCCUGUUUGACAUGUCCUGCGAUGACGCCGGCAACGACUCCACCAGCUCAUCCUCGUCUGUGGCCCAGUCGUCGACCGAGGAUUCCACGGCUACGGCCAGCGCCAGCGCCAGCGCCAGCGCCACCAGCACGGAUGGCGCUCAGGAGAUGCUGCCCACUACGGCUAUUGUCGACCCCAUCCCCACGGACAACCCAACAACCCAUGAGACGCUGCCCACCACGCCCGUUUCCUACCCUAUCCCCACGGACAACCCGACCCACGCCACCACCUCGGGCGGCGUUGUCGUCCCUGGGCCUGGGUACCCUGUGUCCAGCUCUGAGCAGGUCGAACAGCCCGAGCAGCCUCAGCCCACUCCCGAGCAGCCUGAGCAGCCUGGGCAGCCUGAGCAGCCUGAGCAGCCCCAGACCACCUCGGAGGACGGUGGCGCCCCUCCCACGCCCGUACCUGGCGCCGGUGCUGGUGCCAAGAUGAACUCGCUGGGCGCGGCGGCUGUGGCCAUGCUCGUUGGUGCCGUUGCUCUAUAA